GCGAUGCCCCAAGAACGGGUCGGAAGCGAGGCGGGAACAGACGUCAGUUCGGCCGGAAAGCCACUCCUGUCCGCUGAAGAACCCGACUCGAACACGUGAAGACUCUCUAGGCCUUUUACGGCAGCCGAGACUUGUAAGAAGAUGCUGGUGUGGAUGGCAGCUGCUGCAAUGGUAGUCCUAAAUCAUAUACCCGAAGCUACCAUGGCGACGGCUCGCAAUGGUUUUGUGAGCACCGUGCAGAGAAACGGAUGGUUCUACUACAUGGUAUCGGGUUACGCCAUGAACACAACGGGGGAAUUUAACAGCACCAUAGCCCCGUCUAUGUGUGUCUGCCGCAGGCGGUGCGACGUGACGCCCUCCUGCCGCGCCGUGUCCAUGAUCCCGCUGGCGGCCGGCGAGCCCGAGGGCCAGACGGAGUGCCGCACCUCCACGCUGCCGGGGCUCCUGAGCGAGAAGGUGAACCGCCCUUGGCUGGAGGCCUCGGAGGGCGCUCUCCACGUCCUCAGAGCGGACGCCGGAGACCAGAAACUGCCGCUUUACGAAGACGGUCUGUACUACAACCGACCCGCGGAGGAGAGGACCUGGGAGGCGGCGGGCUGUCCCCUGGCGGUGGCCCUGACGCCGGCCCAGCUGGAGAUCCUGAAGGCGGAGCUGGAGCAGCUGCCGCCUUCAGCUGGUUCGAUCAUGUACGUGGGCCUUCGACGUGACGCCAGCGGCCCACCGGUCUGGGACAUGAACAGCGGCACAAGACCUUACACCCUGGACAGCGACAUGAUCGAAGACACGCUCCCGGAGACCGAACCAGCCGUGUUCCACCUGCAGAAGGACGCUAAUACGACAGAGUAUAAAUUCGUGGCUUCAGAUGGCUCUACACCUCGGCACGUGCUGUGUCAGAGGAACCACCUGAAGCUAGUGUUUUGAGGGCAUGGCAAAUGGGAAGGUGAGGAGGUCUGUGGUUUGGGAGGAAAAGGGAGGGGAAGAAAGGAUAGAGAUAAGGAAAAGAAAGGAGAAAGUGAAUACAAGGAAGUGGAAAGGCAAACAUCACAAGUAUUUUGUAAUUACUUGUACUUAAAAAUAGAACGAUGUUGGUAAAUCUGGUUGGUAAAUUUCGAAAGACAAGUUAAGUUGUGGGGAGUACAUUCACUAUCUGCACUUUAUAGUCUAAUGGAUGAAAAUAGUCAGAAUAAGAAAUGAAAUUGAAUGGACAUUUUAAACGAAACUUUUUUUUUUUUUUUUUUUGCUUCGUCUAAAGAGGAACUCUUGACGAAUUCAAAUCAUUACGUUCAAUUGCUUUUCAUAUUACUUUCCAUCCCUGCAUGCACAUUAUAAUCUCAUCACGCCCAAUAGUAGUAAAGAAUGGUAAAUUUCGCCGUUUUUAAAAAUCAGAAAGUUGAAUGUAAAGUCUUUCUCAUUAGAGGAAUUCCCGAAUCUACGAACCCCAUUCUUCACUACCCCACGCGUUCACCUCCCAUUGGCUUUCACAACUAUUGGAAAAAAACAGCCAAUGGCUUGGAUAUUUACGUUUAUCAUGAGCGAUCUGGCGAAACUGGUUUGUUAGCACAGUGCCUACACCUGGGAGAAUUAACUUGCAAACAGUGUGUUGCCGCCAUCACUGUUUAAGUAUAAAUGGUCAAUUUCAUGGCAGUGACAAAAUAUUACAUAAUGAUCAUAGACAGUAAUUACAUCUUAAUGAAUAAAUAUCUUGACAUUCAGUGAGUAAAAAUAAAACAUGUUUACCAGUUCAGUAAUUGCUUGUUAACCACACUAACUGUCCUCUCUUCAACCAGCCACUGCAUUUGAAAACAAGAACUCUUGCUUAAAUCAGUGUUGUAAUACAUCCCUAAAUUUAAGAACUUUUCAGACUUUUAAGACUCAUAGCAAUUGCCUGUUAAGACCUGGAGCCACUUGUCACUAAAUACAGACUUCCCUAAAUGUGUAAGCCUAUUGUUGCAUCAGUGACCAAGAUAAUUAAUUCAUCCCAAGAUUUUUACACAGCCUAUCAACCAGCAAAGAUCAAGGUCUAAUGUUGUUUAUCUUACAUGAACAAAGAUUUGGGCAAAUGCAAGACAUUUUAAGAUCUCGGACAGAAAAAGGUUUUAAUACUUUUUAAGGCUUUAAAUUUCCAAAAAACAGUUUAAUUAAGAUAUUUCUAGACUUUUUAAGGAUGCACCAGAACCCUGAUAUAUAAAGUAAAUAGAGGCAGUAUAUAGCUAACCAAUAAGUCUUUAAAAAAUAAUUAUUUUGCAAAUGCACAUUGCUUCAUAUUAGAGAAAAUAAAUUUUCAGAAUAUGCUGAGAAAAUGGUGAGAGAUCACAGUAAUCAGUUCUUUUGCAUAACAAUAUUUCUGAAAAGCUGAUACUUUCAUACUUUGAUACGACUUAGGCAUCAACUUAAAAUCAAAAGAUAUGAAAACUUUAAAAAGAAAAAGAAAAAGAAAAAGAAAAAGAAAAAGAAAGAGAAAGAGAG